GGCAAAAAUCCAAAAACACCAAGCAUUCGAAGCAGAAGUGGCAGCUCAUUCCAACGCUAUCGUUGUCUUGGACAACACCGGUACCGAGAUGAUUUCCGGAGGUCACUUCGCGUCGGAGACGAUUCGCAAGCGGCUCGACGAGUUGCACCGUCUAUGGGAGCUGCUGCUCUCGCGGUUGGCUGAAAAGGGAAUGAAACUGCAGCAGGCCUUAGUGCUUGUUCAAUUCUUGAGACAUUGCGAUGAGGUUAUGUUCUGGAUUCAUGACAAGGAAACGUUUGUAUGCGCGGACGAGUUCGGGUCUGACCUAGAGCACGUGGAGGUGCUGCAGCGCAAAUUCGACGAGUUCCAAAAGGACAUGGCCGCGCAGGAGUACCGCGUCACCGAGGUCAAUCAACUCGCCGAGCGGCUCGUGCUCGAAGGACAUCCCGAAAGGGAGACCAUUGUGAAGAGAAAGGACGAGCUGAACGAAGCUUGGCAGCGCCUGCGUCAAAUGUCGCUGAUGCGCCAAGAGCGUUUGUUCGGUGCUCACGAGAUCCAGCGAUUCAACCGCGAUGCUGACGAAACCAUCGCAUGGAUCUCCGAGAAGGAUGUUGUGCUCGGUUCUGACGAUUAUGGAAGAGACUUGGCAACCGUUCAAACUCUGCAGCGCAAACACGAAGGCGUGGAGCGCGAUCUGGCUGCUCUGGAAGACAAGGUGUCGACCCUGGACGGCGAGGCAGCGCGUUUGGCGGCCAUCCACCAGGACCACGCACCUGCUAUUCAUGCCAAGCGCGAUGAGAUCACCGCCGCUUGGCAGACGCUCGUGCAAAAGGCCAAGGAGCGCCGCAGCGAGCUGGAAUCAUCGCACGCGCUGCACCGCUUUCUGGCGGACUACCGGGACCUGAUAUCGUGGGUGAGCGACAUCCGCACGCUCAUCGCCGCGGACGACCUCGCCAAGGACGUGCCCGGAGCCGAGGCUCUGCUCGAGCGGCACCAGGAGCACAAGGGCGAGAUGGACGCCCGCGAGGACGUGAUCCGCGCGUGCGCGCUGGCGGGGCAGGCGCUGGUGGCGGGCGGGCACCGCGCCUCGCCCGAGGUGGCCGCGGCGCUGGACAACCUGCAGCGCGAGCACGCCGCGCUGCAGCAGCUGUGGGAGCAGCGCCGGGUGCUCUACCUGCAGUGCAUGGACCUGCAGCUCUUCUACAGGGACACCGAGCAGGCCGACGCCUGGAUGCACAAGCAGGAGGCCUUCCUUGCCAAUGAGGAUGUGGGAGACUCCCUAGACUCAGUAGAAGCGUUGUUGAAGAAACACGAGGACUUCGAGAAGUCCUUGGCGGCGCAAGAGGAAAAGAUCAAGGCAUUGGACGAGUUCGCUUCAAAACUUAUCGAGGGUCAGCACUAUGCUGCUGACGACGUCGCCCAAAGGCGUGAAAUGCUGUUGGAACGCCGCGCAGCUCUUCUUGAGAAGUCCAACCAACGUCGUGUGCUGCUUGAAGACGCCUACAAGUACCAGCAGUUUGAAAGAGACUGCGAUGAGACCAAAGGGUGGAUAAAUGAGAAGCUGAAGUUCGCGACUGACGACUCGUACUUGGACCCAACGAACCUGAACGGCAAGUUGCAGAAACACCAGAACUUCGAGCAGGAGCUGCAGGCGAACAAGCCUCGCAUUGACGAGAUCACCGCUGCUGGCGCUCAGCUUUUGGACCAGGAACACUUUGCUAAAGCUCAAAUCGAGUCCCGCGUAGCCGACAUGGCAGGUUUAUGGGAGAAGUUAGUGGCCGCGAGCGAGCUGAAGGGCAACAAGCUGCAGGAGGCUGCUCAGCAACAGCAGUACAAUCGCACCGUCGAGGACGUCGAGCUUUGGCUCUCCGAGCUGGAGGGACAGCUGCUCUCCGAGGAUUAUGGCAAGGACCUCACCAGCGUCCAGAAUCUACAAAAGAAGCAUGCUUUACUCGAAGCCGAUGUGAGCUCGCACGCGGAACGCAUCGAAGCCAUAAAAAGCCAAGCCGAGCAGUUCAUCGAGAAGGGGCAUUUUGACGCUGACAAUAUCAAAGCUAAGAGAGACGCCUUAGUAGCCCGCUACACUGCCUUGGACAAGCCGAUGGCGAUCCGCAAGCGUCGUCUGCUAGACUCGCUGCAGGCUCAACAGCUGUUCCGCGACCUUGACGACGAGGCUGCCUGGAUCCGUGAGAAGGAACCCAUCAUCGCCUCGACUAACCGAGGUCGCGACCUGAUCGGCGUGCAGAACCUGAUGAAGAAGCACCAGGCCGUGAUGGGCGAGAUGGCGCAGCACGAGGCGCGCGUGGACGCCGUGCACGCCGCCGGCACCGCGCUGCGCGACGCGGGCCACUUCGCCGCCGACGAGAUCGCCGCCCGCCUGCACCAGCUGCAACAGCAGUGGUCACAGCUGCAGGAGAAGGCGCUCCAGCGCAAACAAGAUUUAGAAGACUCCUUACAAGCGCAACAAUACUUCGCGGACGCCAACGAAGCCGAGUCGUGGAUGCGGGAGAAGGAGCCGAUGGUGACUGCUCAGGACUACGGCAAGGAUGAGGAUUCUUCGGAGGCGCUGCUCAAGAAACAUGAGGCUCUUCUAUCCGAUCUCGAAGCUUUUGGGAACACUAUCAAAUCGCUGAGGGAACAGGCGAACGCUUGUCGCCAACAAGAAUCUCCGGCAGUGGACGUGUCGGGCAAGGAGUGCGUGGUGGCCCUCUACGAUUAUGCGGAGAAGUCACCUCGUGAGGUCUCCAUGAAACGGGGCGAUGUGCUCACUUUGCUCAACUCUAAUAACAAGGACUGGUGGAAGGUGGAGGUGAACGACCGUCAAGGUUUCGUACCUGCAGCGUACGUGAAGAAGAUCGAUGCCGGCCUUUCCUCCUCGCAGCAGAACCUCGUCGACUCUAGCUCCAUCGCCGCCAGACAAAAUCAGAUUGACGCCCAAUAUGACAAUCUCUUAGCGUUGGCUCGUGAGAGGCAAAACAAGCUCAACGAGACCGUCAAGGCAUACGUGCUCGUCCGCGAGGCCGCUGAGCUCGCCACCUGGAUCAAGGAUAAGGAAAUGCAUGCGCAAGUGCAAGACGUGGGCGAGGAUUUGGAGCAAGUGGAGGUGAUGCAGAAGAAGUUCGAUGACUUCCAGAACGACCUGCGCGCCAACGAGGUCCGCCUCGCCGAGAUGAACGAGAUCGCCGUCCAGCUCAUGACUGUCGGACAGACUGAGGCAGCGCUCAAAAUCAAGACGCAGAUGCAGGAGCUGAACUCGAAGUGGACGUCGCUGCAGCAGCUGACAGCAGAACGCGCGGCGCAGCUAGGUUCCGCCCACGAGGUGCAGCGCUUCCACCGCGACGUCGACGAGACCAAGGACUGGAUCGCCGAGAAGGAGGCCGCGCUUGCCACCGAUGACCUCGGCAAGGACUUGCGCUCCGUGCAGACCUUACAACGUAAGCACGAGGGUCUCGAGCGCGACUUAGCCGCUUUAGGCGACAAGAUUCGUCAGUUGGACGAAACUGCUAACCGUCUGAUGUCGACCCAUGGAGAUUCUGCCGAUGCCACGUACAGCAAGCAAAGGGAAAUCAACGAGGCAUGGCAGCAACUGCAAGCCAGGGCCAACGCUCGCAAGGAGAAGCUUCUCGAUUCAUAUGAUCUACAGAGAUUCCUCUCUGAUUACCGCGACUUGAUGGCAUGGAUCAACUCAAUGAUGGCGUUAGUAAGUUCCGACGAGCUCGCCAAUGAUGUCACUGGCGCCGAAGCUCUCCUCGAAAGACACCAGACCCAGCGGCUGGAGAUAGACGCGCGGUACGGCAUUAUGCCGCAGGAGCAUCGCACGGAGAUGGAUGCGCGCGCCGGUACCUUCCAGGCACUGGAGCUGUUCGGACAACAGCUGCUGCAGAGCGGCCACUACGCCAGUGUCGAUAUACAAGAGAAACUUAACAACAUGGGCGACGCGAGACAGGAGCUUGAAAAGGCGUGGGUGGCACGCCGCAUGAAGCUGGACCAGAACCUAGAACUCCAACUGUUCUACCGCGACUGCGAACAAGCCGAAGGGUGGAUGGCGGCGCGCGAGGCCUUCCUCUCUCCCACCGACCAGCCCGACCAGCCCACCACCGAUAACGUCGAGCAACUCAUCAAGAAGCACGAGGACUUCGACAAGGCGAUCAACGCACAUGAGGAGAAGAUCGCUCAGUUGCAAACUUUGGCGGAUCAGCUGAUAGCCUCUGAUCACUACGCGGCCGGUCCCAUCGACAAGAAGCGCAAACAGGUGCUCGAUCGCUGGCGUCACCUCAAAGAGGCUCUUAUUGAAAAGAGAUCCAGACUGGGCGACGAACAAACUCUGCAGCAAUUCUCACGCGACGCCGACGAAAUGGAGAAUUGGAUCGCCGAGAAACUACAGCUCGCCACCGAAGAGAGCUACAAGGACCCCGCGAACAUUCAGUCUAAGCACCAGAAGCACCAGGCGUUCGAGGCAGAGUUGGCGGCCAACGCCGAGCGCAUCCAGUCCGUACUUGCCAUGGGAGGUAACCUCGUGCAGCGUGGUCAGUGCAGCGGCAGCGAAGACGCCGUACAGGCUCGCUUAGCAUCCAUCGCUGACCAGUGGGAGUUCUUGACGCAAAAGACGACCGAGAAAUCGUUGAAACUGAAGGAGGCCAACAAGCAGCGUACGUACAUCGCCGCUGUUAAGGACCUUGACUUCUGGCUUGGAGAGGUUGAGAGCUUGUUGACAUCGGAAGACUCUGGCAAGGAUCUAGCUUCGGUGCAGAACCUGAUGAAGAAGCACCAACUCGUCGAGGCGGACAUCCAGGCUCACACUGACAGGAUCAACGACAUGAACGCACAGGCCGACGCGUUGAUGUCGUCCGGGCAGUUCGACAGCGCGGGCAUCGGUUCGCGGCGCACCGCCAUCAACGAGAGAAUCGAGCGCGUGCGCAACUUGGCCGCGCACCGUCGCGCCAAGCUGGCCGAGGCCAACACGCUACACCAGUUCUUCCGCGACAUCGCCGACGAGGAGUCCUGGAUCAAGGAAAAGAAACUCCUCGUUGCUUCGGACGACUAUGGUCGAGACCUAACUGGAGUACAGAAUCUGCUCAAGAAGCACAAGCGACUGGAAGCCGAAUUGGCUAGCCACGAGCCCGCUAUUCAGGCCGUCCAGGAGGCAGGAGAGAAACUCAUGGACGUUUCCAACCUUGGUGUGCCAGAAAUCGAACAACGACUUAAGGCCCUGGCUCAAGCUUGGUCAGAGCUGCAAGCGCUGGCUGCGGAAAGAGGCGCCAAGCUGCAGCAGUCAUUGGCUUAUCAACAGUACUUGGCCAAGGUUGACGAAGAAGAAGCUUGGAUUAGUGAGAAACAGCAACUGGUGGUGGUAGGCGAGUGCGGCGACAGCAUGGCCGCCGUUCAAGGCCUGUUGAAAAAGCACGAAGCACUUGAAGCUGAACUGGCGGCGCGCGCUGAACGCGUCCGCGACUUGUCCGCCGACGGCGAGCGCCUGCUGCAGGCCGGCAAUCUACACUCCGAUGCGCUGGCACACAGGAUCAGGGCACUCCAGGCUAAGCUGGAGAAGCUGACGGCUCUGGCGGCUAGGCGCAAGGCAGCGCUGGUGGAUAACUCGGCGUAUCUGCAGCUGCUGUGGAAGGCCGACGUGGUGGAAUCCUGGAUCGCCGACAAGGAGACCCACGUGCGCUCCGACGAAUAUGGGCGCGAUCUCUCCACUGUGCAGACGCUGCUGACCAAGCAGGACACCUUUGACGCUGGUCUCGCGGCAUUCGAGCAUGAAGGCAUCCAGAACAUAACAUCCCUGAAAGAACAGCUCGUAGCAGCCAACCACGAGCAGACACCCGCCAUCGUGAAACGUCACGCUGACGUCAUCUCGCGCUGGCAGCGGCUGCUGGCCGACUCCGCCUCGCGCAAGCAGCGUCUCCUGCGCUUGCAGGAUCAGUUCAGGCAGAUCGAAGAGCUAUACCUUACUUUUGCCAAGAAGGCAUCGGCAUUCAACUCUUGGUUCGAGAACGCCGAAGAAGACCUCACGGACCCGGUACGCUGCAACUCCAUCGAAGAGAUUCGCGCGCUUAGAGAUGCGCAUGCGCAAUUCCAGGCAUCGCUAUCAUCCGCGCAAAGCGACUUCGAAGCUCUAGCUGCCCUGGACGAGCAGAUCAAGUCGUUCAACGUGGGCGCCAACCCGUACACCUGGUUCACCAUGGAGGCUCUCGAGGAGACCUGGCGCAAUCUGCGCAAGAUCAUCGCCGAACGUGAUGUGGAGCUGACGAAGGAGGCGGCGCGGCAAGACGAGAACGACAAACUGCGAAAGGAGUUCGCUAAGCAUGCCAACGCCUUCCACCAGUGGCUCACCGAGACUCGCACUUCAAUGAUGGAGGGUACUGGUUCCCUGGAGCAGCAGCUGGCUAUUCUGCGGCAGCGCGCUGGGGAGGUGCGCGCGCGCAGGGCUGACUUGCGUCGACUUGAAGAACUAGGAGCGGCACUGGAGGAGCAUCUGAUCUUGGACAACCGCUACACGGAACAUAGCACAGUGGGCCUGGCCCAGCAGUGGGACCAGCUCGACCAGCUUUCCAUGCGCAUGCAGCACAACCUCGAGCAACAAAUACAGGCUAGAAACCAUUCUGGCGUAAGCGAGGAUGCGCUUAAGGAGUUCUCCAUGAUGUUCAAGCACUUCGACAAGGACCGGUCGGGACGGCUCAACCAUCACGAAUUCAAGUCGUGUCUGCGCGCACUCGGUUAUGACCUGCCGAUGGUCGAAGAGGGGCAGCCCGACCCCGAGUUCGAGGCCAUACUCAACGUGGUGGACCCGAACCGCGACGGACAAGUCUCCCUGCAGGAGUAUAUGGCGUUCAUGAUAAGCAAGGAGACGGAAAACGUGCAGACCUCCGAGGAGAUCGAGAACGCCUUCCGCGCAAUCACCACCCACCAGGACCGCGCCUACGUCACCAAGGAUGAGCUAUAUGCUAACCUGACGAAGGAGAUGGCGGAUUACUGCGUGGCUCGAAUGAAACCUUACGUAGAACCGAAGACGGAGCGGCCGAUCACCAACGCGCUCGACUAUAUCGACUUCACACGCACCCUCUUCCAGAACUAAGCACGUCAGCCCGCCGCGGCUGCCCGCGACAUACUGCCUAAUUUAAGCAUUAAACCACACCAACUAAACUCUUGCUUUUAUUUAUGUAACGUCACUACCCCCACCUAACUUACGGAAUAAGGUACGGGCAAUAUGCCACGGGCAGGCGCUGCUACAGAUAAACUUAUCUCUUUCACAAGUAUAAAUCUAUUCCAAUUUCAAAUACGACUGUCUUGCAUUUGAAUAUUAGAUAGUCAUUCGAGAAGUUGUCAAAGCUGAUGUUUUGGGUUCUGGAAGAAGCAUGCGAAGCGUUAAAUGCUUAACGCCAAUCGCGCGGCUGCGUCAUUGUUGUUGCUACUCGAGUAGCUUGCCAUAGCAGCUAUGAGAAUUCCUUUUCUCUGAUUAGCAGAGGAAUAAGAAGCUCUUUCUUCGAGCCCUGACCUUCAGCUUUCGAUAGAAAAUAUUUCAAAGUCUAAAAGCUGCUUUGUUUUGCUAAGUAAGAUUUAAAGGACAACAUUGUCCCCAAUCACUAUUUAUCAGUGUUAUACGCUGUGCUAAGAUUUCUAUUUAUUUUUUGUACU